AUGUGUUCCACUCUCCUGGAACGGAUAUUCAAUGGCUACGACAAGAAAAUUCCCCCUAAUCAAAAUAAAGAUCAUAAUGAAAGACAAGUGAAGGUGGUUGUCAAUAUGUAUAUAAAGUCUAUGUUUUCUAUAAGUGAAAUAAACAUGGACUAUUCUAUGAGUAUGUUUCUAAGAGGACGCUGGGUCGAUGACCGUUUGCAAUAUACAAACACACUGAACCUGUCUAGAAUUGUUCUCGACAAUUCUCUCUUUGAGAACAUUUGGAUACCAGACAUGUAUAUAUUGAACGAGAAAGAGUCAGACUUUCAUGAGGUCACGGUACCAAACAAGUUAAUGCAUAUUUAUCCCGAUGGAACCGUACAGUACAGUGCAAGAGUGACUGGUGUAUUUUCAUGUAAAAUGCAGUUGAGGACAUACCCGUUCGAUAAACAAUCAUGUAACUUUGAAGUUGAAAGCUAUGGACACAAUACAGAAAUGUUAACAUUUGUCUGGAGUGAAAACCCAGUUACUUUAGCAAAGGAUAUAGAAUUUCCCCAGUUUUCAUUGACGAAAAUCAGACCGUACGGUUGCGAGAAAGACUAUUACGGCAUUGUGUACCCUUGUAUUGGCGUAGAAUUUCACUUGGAAAGAAAUUAUGAGUAUCAUCUUGUGCAGAUUUACGUGCCAAGUAUUCUUACCGUUUUACUUUCCUGGGUAAACUUCUGGCUUGACUGCGAUGCGACUCCAGCUCGAAUUUCUUUGGGAUUGUUAACAGUACUCACUAUGACUACGCAGAGCUCAGGAGCACGUGCAAACCUUCCACGUGUGUCGUAUAUAAAAGCAAUAGAUGUGUACAUGGCAGCAUGCAUUACUUUUGUGUUUUUGAGUCUCAUUGAAUUUGCAUACGUUAAUGUUUUGGAAAGGGUUGAAAGCCGAAGGAAUCCAGAUGAUAGUUGCGUAAAUGGAGAAGCAAAAGGAAGAGAUCACACCAGAGACAAUGAGCACAAACCUGAAAAAUUCAAUGGAUCAAUGUUUGCCUGCUUCAAGAUGGAGCGGUUAACCACUAUGGGGCGAGCUCGUCGUGCUGACAAAAUUUCACGUGUUAUAUUCCCUGCAGCGUUUGUGAUAUUCAACAUUAUAUACUGGACCUUUUAUUUGUACUUAUUCUCAAAUUCCCAAGAUAUUAACUGA